AUGAGAUUAACUUGGAAGUUUCCGUUAAACGGCUUAUUUAAACAUAAGUUUGGUAAAUUCAAUUAUCCCUUAGAACAAGAUAUUCGUAAUAAAUUGGAUUCAUUAUCAUCAAUUACCAAGAUUUAUACAAACCCAGAUGGUACCCCAAGAGUCCCAACUGAUCAAGAAUUCAAAACUAUUUCCGAGUUGCAAAACUUAUACUACAAACGUAACCAUUCAGAAUGGAACUUUAUACUUCCAGGUAUUCCAAAGGAACAAUUAGAUUUGUUCAAAGAUAACUCUCAGGACUUAAAGAACUUCCAGUUUGUUACUAAAGAUUCAGGUAAAAUCAUUGAUAAAAUCCCAUAUAAAGAUGAAAAUACUGGUGAAUUAAAGUGGAGAAUUGUCAGAGAAACUGAAAAGGCUGAAGGAUGGGAAUUUCCAUAUUUCUAUUUGGUUCUCCCAAUAUUCGCCUACGUUGCCUACUCCAAAUACACUGCGCAAAUGGCUAGAAGAGCAAAUGAUGGUCCAGAAUGGGCCGAAAAGGAAUUAAGAUUGAGAGCUAUGGAAGAUUACUUCCGUGGUGAUACCGAAAAGGCUAAGGAAUUCUUGAGUAACGAAGGAAAGUCUACAAGAGAAAUCAGAGAUAGAGAUGAUUUGGUUGUUGCCAGAAUCUUAGGUGGAGAUUACGAUAAGUUAGCUCAAUUAAAGAAGAAAUUACCAAAGGACUUACUUCCAAAAGAUGAACCACACCCAAACCUUAAAAUUUAA